UUAUUAUCGACUGAUGGGAUCGAAACUGGUGGGAUAACGAUCGAAAAGAAAACGACAAAAUUAAUUGAUUGUCCGAUUUAUUUCCGAUUAUUUUCAGACGAGUAGACAAACGUUUGCCGGCUUGGCGAACAUACGUGGCGCGCAAUGGCAAAUACUUUCAUCAGCCGCCAUUACAGGUUGCACUUUGGACGAUAUCUCGUAAUACCGUCGUGCCGCAUAGUUUACUCUUUACGUGAUGUUGCAAAUAAUUCGCGUUCUCGUUUGAUAAUACGGAUCGCUUGCGUGAUGAACAAUCGGCCGUUAAGAUGCACUCUCUCUUAAUUCUUUCUCUCGGUACCGAUAUCACAAGCAAGAUUAAUGACCUGCACGUUGCAGGACUAUAUAACGUACAUACGUGAUGGAGAGAAUCGAGCUGGUCUGCCAGCUAUUCCUCUUUUCACCCGCGAUCGCGUGUGAUCAUCGUUGAACGCUCAAGUUCGCGAAAGUUCUGGACAAUUGUACAAGCGCGCGCACGAUAAUUCAAUUCUAACCUAACGUAGAGAAGAGAAUCGUUCUUUGAACUCUCGUUUCACAAUUCACGAUGUCUGCGAUUGGACUUCCUCUUACUAUCGAAUUCGGAGGUGGAGCAGAGUUGCUAUUUGAUGGAAAGAAGCGGCACGAGGUGGACUUACCCGGUGAGGAAUGGACGCUGAAACGACUGCUAAGCUGGCUGCGGGAUAACCUCUUAACAGAACGGCCCGAGCUCUUUAUGCAGGGGGACACGGUUAUUGCACCGUGUUGCUCGAACUGCAGAUUUACUUUGCAUAUAAACGUGUCACAUCAGUCACGUGAAUCCGCACAAUCCGCAAAUGAAUGGGAUCGACCGACAACGGCGACGACCAACAUCGUUAAUGAAAAUGGCCGCAUACACUACGUAUGAUAUAUAUACAUUAUUACUAGCGCAUGGCGCAUAUCGCGCCGGUCGUACGCGCAAUGCACAGAUGUCAGUAUCUGUAUCUUCCGAUGCAUUCCGAUAUAGAAUAGAGACCCUCAAGUUAAGAGUCUAG